AUGUAUCUCCAAAUAACUAAAAACGAAACAAAUGUUCUCCUUCGAACAACCGUCAAAAGAUUCAGAUGCCACCGUCGCAUUUUGGAAGGAACCCAUUUGAUUAUCUGUCACAAAUUGAUCAGUGGCUGUAACAAAAAUAGAAAGAUCGAUAUAGAUGAAGUAUCUUCACCAAUAAAUUUCUAUUACGACGAUAAUCAAGAUUUGUUCCUGACUGACUUUGAUGAGGAAGAGAAAGUUCUAGAACUCCCAAUACAUCUUAUUGCAAUUGGGGAAGAAGUCGUGAAAAAAUCAUGCAUGCACAAAUCUGUUCUUAAUGUUGAUUUUUAUUUGAAGCGGAGUUCUAGAAUGCAGGAAGUAGAAGAACCUCGGAAGAAAAAAGCUCGGUAUGUAGAAAGCCAAAGGCCUACCGAAUCUGAAAUAUCCGAAGAGCUCGGCAUAUAUACAGACUCAGACUCUAUGCUUUCCAUUACUUCUGACAUAUCCCAGUCCUAUUCAAACUCUCCAAUCGAAACCGAUACUCAACAAUCUGAUUUGAGUUUGGAUAAUCCUACUCCAAUUCGUAAAGUGAUGCCAAUUCCCAAAAGCAAGCUGGACUCCAAAACCCAACACGAUCUUCUCAAGGACGAUGUCAAAGAUAAACUGAACCAACUAUUUGCCAGAUUCCGAUUUCCAGGAAAAGAGCAAUUGGUAGCAUAA